AUGGAGGCAUUAGAACCAGAAUUAGUAAAAAUUUUAGAUGUUGAAAAGUAUGGGGCUUUAACACCUAUUCCACAAGACGAUGGGGUAAACCCGUUGGCAAAAAUAAAUUACUCCAAGGAAUAUGAGCAGGGAAUGGCUUAUUUUCGCGCUUUGGCCGCCAAACAAGAAUAUUCGAUACGGGCAUUCAACUUAACUUGCUUUCUAAUUAUGCACAAUCCAGCCCAUUACACAGUAUGGGCAUACCGAUUCCAGGUCCUUAAUUAUAUUCCAGAGCUUAUUCCGCAAGAAUUGGCGUGGCUCGAUUCAGUCAUUGAAGACUUUCAGAAAAACUAUCAGGUUUGGCACCAUAGACAGAAACUGCUAGGAAUAACAAAAGACUAUAAACGUGAAUUGGAAUUCACAAAAGAUAUGUUUUAUUCGGAUGCUAAGAAUUACCACGUUUGGUCUUACCGGUUGUGGAUUUUACAGAAUUUCCAUGACUAUACAAAAGAGUUAAGCUUGACAGACUAUUUACUAGGAGAAGAUGUAUAUAACAACUCUGCUUGGAAUCAUCGAUUUUUUGUGCUUUUCGAAUCAAAUGCGAACCUUGAACGGAGCUUGCAAGAAGAACUGGAUUUUCUCAAUGACAAGCUCUCUCAGUCAUCAGAUAAUCAAAGUGCUUGGAACUAUUUGAAUGGAAUUAUGAAAAAAGUAGGAUCAAAUCAAGUAACUGGUAUUGCAAAUCGGUUAGAAGAAUUACUUCCGUCUUCUAACAGAUUUCUUUUGGAGUUCUUGGCUGAAUAUGAUCCUACGCGUUCGAAAGUCAUUUACGAAAAGCUAGCGAAUGAAGUGGAUCCAGACAAUCAAACGCUGUGGAAUUGGAUGAUCCAGCAAGUGCCUAGCCCGUGA